AUGACGUCAAAAUCCGACAUCCGCAAGACGAUCAAAUCUAUGAUAAAUUUUGACUCAUCUAAGCUGAUGACACAUCUCCUACAGACGUUUUCUAAUAGAGAUACCUCUCCUAAGGGAGUAGAGACUGACAACGGAACAUCUAAAGGAUGUGCGACUAACUGGAGCCUAUCCAUGAAGCCCGUGCCGCAGAAGAGAUGUACUGCUCGUCGAAGAAAUACACUUCGCCGUCAGCGACUUCUCCGUCUUCCCCCACCGAAUCAGCCACCGACUUCCGCCGCUUUCGCCGUCAGCGACUUCUCCGUCUUCCCCCACCGAAUCAGCCACCGACUUCCCCCGUCAGCAGAGACCGCGACUUCUCCGUCUUCCCCCACCGAAUCAGCCACCGACUUCCCCCGUCAGCAGAGACCGCGACUUCUCCGUCUUCCCCCACCGAAUCAGCCACCGACUUCCCCCGUCAGCAGAGACCGCGACUUCUCCGUCUUCCCCCACCGAAUCAGCCACCGACUUCCCCCGUCAGCAGAGACCGCGACUUCUCCGACUUCCCCCACCGAAUCAGCCGGCCCAGGAGCUUGCUCGUCUCGCUUCGACCUACAAGGGAUUAAUGCAAUAUUACUAAGAAAAGCUCAGCUACGCGGUCGGAGGCAGCUUGAGGAGCACAUCCACGACAUUUCUACAGGGAGUUGUUGCAGAUUGAGAUGUAUGUUGUCUGGAAAUGUUGGAAAUGUUAUUGAGAUGUAUGUUGUCUGGUGUUAGGUUCUGUAUAACUAUGGUGUUAGGUUCUGUAUAACUAUUCUGAUGCCAACAUAUAACUGUCCUAUACUUUGUUUGAUUAUUAUGCGAAAGGUUUGUUGUGCGACCCUUUGUGUGGAAAGUAUGUUUUGAUUA